UUUUGUUUUGAUUUUACUUUUUUGGUUUUAUUGAAGCAAACAACAAAAUGUCCGAAAAUCCAAAAAAGAUUAAACCAUACUGGACUCAGCCAUCCGAGCCGAUUUAUCCUAAUGGAAAUGUUGAUUAUAUCAGUAUUGAAUUAAUGAGAAAUUAUAGAGGACCAUCUUGCAAUUUUUGCCGUGAAAAUGGUGAACCAUUUCAAAUUUGGUCAUCACAUUAUUUGCGUGAUCAGAAUGGCAAACUUCAAUGUCCAAUUUUACGGUCACAUAGUUGUGAGUUUUGUGGAGCAACUGGAGACCAUGCUCACACAAGAUCAUAUUGUCCAUAUAAACAUAAUCCAUUGGUAACCGAUGUUCUUGGACAAGAACAUUUUUACAAUAUGGUCGAUUUAAAACGUGAUGAAUACAAUUCGGCUGGAAAACCGACACCAAGUCGUUUUCGUAAAAAAAAAUAAAUGGAAUCAUAAUCAUUGAAAUUCAA